AUGGUAGUCACAAUAUUCAACCCAAAUUAUGGAACUUACAAGACCAAAAAUACCACUGGUUAUCUUAAUUAUCAAGACACUCUAGUAGCCAUAGCUCCUAUAGGACCAAAAAAACUCCCUGGUCAUAGAACAACAAAUGUGAGUGCUACUGCAGGUCUUAUGAGUGUAGAGUUGAUAUCUAAUGAUAAGUUUUUGGUGGAUGUUGCAGAUGGAUCUUUUAAUUUCACAGCAAAGGCAAUAUUUCAUGGGAAAGUGCAUAUGAGUAAGGUUUUUAAGGUGAAGGCCAUGGUUAAUAUUAGUUGUGAUAUCUUUUUUAACAUAACUUCCUUGGGUACUGAUUCUUACUGCAUAACCAAAAUCAAGGUGUGA